CAGCGGCGGAAAGGGCGGGGAGGCCGGGGGCGCGGCCCGGGGGCGGGGCGGGCGGGCCGCGGACUCAGAUCCGAAAUUCCCUUUGCUCCGGGUCACCUCCCGGUUCCGGUCGGGCGCGCAGCCUCCGGCCCCGCGUGUCCCCCCAGACCCCCGGUGCCCCCGCCCCCGCGAGUGUGUGUCGCCGGCGGCGCUCCAGGCUGGCGCGGCCCGUGCAGCAGCUCCGCGCGGUUCCUGCCGUGGCUGCCGGGAUGGCCCUCCCGGGAGGUGGCGCAGAGGAGCCUGAGCCCCACAGCGACCGCCUCCUCCAGCUCUGCAACCCGAACAUCGCCACGAUGAAGGAGGACAUCCUCUACCACUUCGGCCUCAGCACCAGCUCGCACGACCUGCCGGCCAUGUUCGGGGACGUGAAGUUCGUGUGUGUGGGGGGCAGCCCCUCCCGGAUGAGUGCCUUCAUCAAGUACGUGGCCUCGGAGCUGGGCCUGGGCCGGCCGGGCGAGGACUACCCCAACAUCUGCGCGGGGACGGACCGCUACGCCAUGUUCAAGGCGGGGCCCGUGCUGUCGCACGGCAUGGGCAUCCCCUCCAUCGCCAUCAUGCUGCACGAGCUGCUCAAGCUGCUGUACCACGCCCGCUGCUCGGGCGUCACCGCCAUCCGCAUCGGCACGUCGGGCGGCAUAGGUCUGGAGCCCGGCUCCGUGGUGAUCACCCGGCAGGCGGUGGACGCCUGCUUCAAGCCCGAGUUCGAGCAGCUGGUGCUGGGGAGGCGGGUGGUCCGCGGCACCGGCCUGGACGCGCGGCUGGUGCGGGAGCUGGCGCAGUGCUCCGCGGACCUGGACGAGUUCCCCACGGUCGUGGGCAACACCAUGUGCACGCUGGACUUCUACGAAGGGCAGGGCCGUCUGGACGGGGCCCUGUGCUCCUACACGGAGCAGGACAAGCAGGAGUACCUGCGGGCGGCCCACGCGGCCGGCGUCCGCAACAUCGAGAUGGAGUCGUCCGUCUUCGCCGCCAUGUGCAGCGCCUGCGGCCUCCCAGCGGCCGUGGUGUGCGUCACCCUCCUCGACCGCCUGCGGGGGGACCAGAUCUGCGCUCCCCACGACGUGCUGGCCGAGUACCAGCAGCGGCCGCAGCGGCUGGUCGGCCACUUCAUCAAGCAGAGCCUGGCGGGGGCUGCCGUCCCUGCCUCCCGGAGACGAUGCCAAUGAGACCGAGGUCCGCUGUCUGCGGCCGCGCGAUGAGGGAGCGGCUGCGCCCCGGGUCCCCUCCUCCGGCUCCAGGGCGCGCGCUCACGCGGAUCGGCCUGAUUUGGGUUUUCUGUACGAACGUUCCCCUGAAAAUGGAAAUGUUUCCGGGGGGAAACUUCAGACUUUUAAACGCUCAUGGUUGUCUG